GACUGACGAGCCAACCAUGGGAACGAACCUGGGUUUUUAUCCAUUCCUUACACUCUCAUAUCAUCGCAUCCACUGCCACCCUGGAUUUCACCAGAAACCACGGAAACAUUCAACAUCAUGAAGCUGGCCGUUUUCAGUGCCAAAUCCUACGACAAGAACUUUCUUGACUCUGCUCGAGAAAAACAUUACGCAUCUCUUUGCGAAAUCACCUACCACACUUUCCCACUGUGCUUAGAAACUGUUCCUCUAGCACAAGGAAGCGAUGCGGUUUGCGUCUUCGUCAACGACGACCUCAGUGCCGAAGUACUACGCUCCCUUCAUGCCGUCGGUACCCGCGCGAUCCUCCUCCGCUGCGCUGGCUACAACAAUGUCGACCUCUUAGUAGCUGAAGAACUCGGUUUCUUCGUCGCCAAUGUGCAAUCUUACUCACCAGAAGCUGUUGCUGAGUUUGCUGUAGCGUUAAUCCAAACUUUGAACCGUAAAACGCAUCGGGCCUACAACCGUGUACGAGAAGGAAACUUCAAUCUCGAAGGUUUCUUAGGCCAUACGCUAUAUGGGAAGACGGUGGGAAUAAUAGGUGUGGGAAGGAUUGGCAUGGCGCUGGCUCGUAUCAUGAAAGGAUUCGGGUGUCGACUACUUGCCUUUGACCCUUUCGGUAGUGAAGAAUUCAACAAGCUCGGUGACUUUGUCGACCUCGAAACUCUCUUGGGGCAGAGCGAUAUCGUCAGUCUGCACUGUCCUUUGACUGAAGGGACGAGGCAUAUCAUGAAUGACCAAACCCUUUCUCGAAUGAAGAAAGGGGUCCUGCUCGUCAACACUUCCCGAGGGGGAUUGAUCAACACCAGAGCGGCCAUCCGUGCUCUCAAAACGGGCCAGCUUGGCGGUUUGGCCCUAGAUGUGUACGAAGAAGAAGGAUCACUGUUUUACAACGAUCAUUCGGCCGAAAUCAUCCAAGAUGAUACCUUGAUGAGGUUGAUGACGUUUCAUAAUGUCCUGGUCUGUGGCCAUCAAGCGUUCUUCACCAAGGAGGCAUUGGACGAGAUUGCUCGGAUGACAUUGAGUAAUUUGAAGGACUUCGUGGAGAAAAAAGAGUGCAAGAAUUCGUUGGUUCGAGAAGGCCAUCUGUAUGUCGCGAAAGGCAAGGAACCAGUGAGAAACUUAUAAAGACGGAAACUGUCGGAAGGUCCAGCUCUUGUAUAUAAUAUUGAAUGAACGCCUGAUAUAUAUGCCCUUGUAAUUAGUCGAGAAAAUGUCUUAUGAAGGAUUGACAGUUGCAGUGGCAUGGCUAGCCUCCAAGCAGUAGAUUUUGUGGGUCAAGCCAGAUCGGUAUAAUAGUGAUUGCUUCGUGGGGACAAUACAUCACGCUUCAAUGUUAUCGUGCAUUAUUUUCGAGAGAUGUUGCUACAUGACUGUAUGUGGAUAGAGGUCUAUAUGUGAGAGGGUACCGUGUCAU